AUGUCUCAACCAGGUGGCUUUGAACAACAACCUACCUCACAUGUUUGCAGACUCAACAAGUCUCUCUAUGGUCUAAAGCAAGCUCUAAGAGCAUGGAAUGAGAAGUUUACAACUUUUCUGCCCUCUCUAGGCUUUAAACCAUCUUAUGCUGAUCCAAGCUUGUUUGUCCUAAUCUCUGGAAGCUCAAAGGUGUACUUGCUCCUGUACGUUGAUGACAUUAUCAUAACAGGAAAUAGUGAAAAUCUUAUUGGUGAAGUGAAGAGCUCUUUACAAGCAGAGUUUGACAUGAGUGAUCUAGGUCCUCUACACUUUUUCUUAGGGCUGGAAAUAAAAUAUAUGAAGAAUGGAGAUGUCUUUGUCUCUCAGCAAAAGUAUGCCUCAGAGGUAAUUCAUAAAACGGGUCUUGAUAGUUGUCAUUCUCAAAUAACUCCUUGUCAAUCAGGUCUAAAACUUAUCAAGGACAUGGGACAACAACUUGACAAGCAAGACAGUGCUCACUUUAGGAGCAUAGUGGGAUGCCUUCAGUACCUAACCUUUACACGGCCAGACAUUGCCUACAGUGUCAACUUAGUGUGCCAAUUCAUGCAUUGUCCAACAUAUACUCAUCUCAAUGCAGCCAAAAGGAUAUUGCGAUACAUCAAAGGUACUCUUGACUAUGGCAUAUGGUUCAGGAGGGGUCAAACCACCAAGAAGUUCUCUCUCAGUCCUAUUAAAAUGGAUGCCUACUGUGAUGCAGACUGGGCUGGUGACCCCAAUGAUCGAAAAUCAACAACUGGAUUUGUUAUUCUCCUUGAAGGUACUCCUGUGUCAUGGUGCAGCAAGAAGCAAACUGCAGUAUCAAGAUCCUCAACUGAAGCAGAAUACAGGUCUAUGGCUGACACCACAUCUGAGGUAAAAUGGUUGCUACAUCUCAUGCAAGACUUGCACAUUGAAGUUCUGGACAAGCCUACUCUUCAUUGUGACAACAUAUCUGCUCUGGCCCUUGCCACCAAUCCCGUCUUUCACUCUAAACUGAAACAUAUUGAGGUUGACGUUCACUUUACAAGGGACCAAGUUAAAGCAGGGACCAUCAAGCUAAAGUUCGUUGGAUCAAAAGAGCAACUAGCCGACCUCUUCACUAAAGGCCUCUGCUCACCUCAACAUCGCUACCUAUGUGACAGCUUGAAGCUUGUUUCCCACCUUCAAGCUGAGGAGGGGUAUUAUGAGAACAAGGUUUAA